GCCCGAGUGGAUUACAGCCGAGUGCGGAGCGCUAGGAACCGCCAGGGUGUGUGUCGCAGCCGCUCGUCUUCGGCGGUUUGCUAGGCUCCUAUUAUGGCGGCGGCGGCUGCGGCGGUUGCGGAGGAAGCGAGCGUGACCGCAGCCGUUUCAGGUGCCGACAGCAAUGGUGAGUCUCCUGAAGUCGAAGGAGAAGGUGUUGGAGCAGUGGGCCAAGAGAAGGACGCAGCCACGAAAGGAGCGGAGGCCGUUGGAGACAGCGAGGAGGACGGGGAGGAUGUGUUCGAGGUGGAAAAGAUACUGGACAUGAAGACGGAGGGGGGUAAAAUCCUUUACAAAGUUCGAUGGAAAGGGUACACAUCAGAUGAUGAUACUUGGGAGCCUGAGAUUCAUCUUGAGGACUGUAAAGAAGUUCUUCUCGAAUUUAGGAAGAAAGUUGUGGAGAACAAAGCUAAGCCAGUCAAGAAGGAUAUUCAGAAACUGUCCUUAAAUAAUGACAUAUUUGAGGCAAAUUCUGAUAGUGAUCAGCAAAGUGAGACAAAAGAAGAUACUUCUCCAAAGAAGAAAAAGAAAAAAUUGAGGCAUAGAGAAGAGAAAAGCCCAGAUGAUCUGAAAAAGAAAAAAGCAAAGACUGGGAAACUAAAAGAUAAAUCCAAACCAGACCUGGAGAGCUCUUCUGAAAGUUUAGUUUUUGAUUUGAGGACAAAGAAAAGAAUUUCGGAAGCCAAAGAAGAAAUAAAGGAAUCCAAAAAGCCCAAAAAAGAGGACACAAAAGAAACUAAGGAAUUAAAGAAAGUUAAAAAGGGUGAAGGAAGAGAUUUAAAGGCUAAAAUAAGAGAAGAUUCCAAAGAAAACAGAAAAACAAAAAAAGAGAAAUGUGUUGAAUCUCAGUUGGAAUCUGAAUCAAGUGUACUUAAUGACUCCCCUUCUCAAGAAGAUGACAAUGAAGAUUUUCAUUCUGACAACAGAGAAGAGAAACAGAAGAUUAAAAGUGCGAAAGACAAAGCAGGGCAAGAUGCAAUUCAGGAUGUUUUUGAUAAACAGCCAGAUGGCUCUGUGAGUGCCGAUGAAGAUGCUGAUGUCAAAGCAAAGAGAAAAAGGAAAAAACUGAGAAAGACUGAGGAACUCAGAGAGAGCAAAACACUAGAAAACAGGAACCUUUUCCUAGAGAAGAAACCUAUACAUAAGAAGCAAAGGAGUCAGGACAGAGGCAGAAGCACCACAGAGUUAGAUAAGCUGAUACCUGCACCUGCCCAGACACAGAAGAGUUCAAGAGCAGGUGUGGAAGAGAGAGGCCUCAGGUCUGCUGACUCAGCUGGGGAGGAGAAAGAGAUUAAAAAAAAUGAACCCAAAGAAAAAUACCAGAAAAGGCAGGAUUUGGACAAGGAAGAAAAAGGUCGUAAAGAGCCAAAGGGAUUAAAGACAUUUAAGGAAAUCAGAAAUGCAUUUGAUUUAUUUAAAUUAACUCCAGAAGAAAAAAAUGAUUUUCCUGAGACUAAUCGGAAAAGAGAAGAAAUACCACUAGAUUAUAAAACCACAGAAGAUCACAAAACCAAGGAAAACAAGCAGUUACUUAAAGAAAGGAGAAAUACAAGAGAUGAAACUGAUACUUGGGCUUAUAUAGCUGCAGAAGGUGAUCAAGAGGUUCUGGAUAGUAUGAGCCAAGCAGAUGAGAAUUCUGAUGGCAGACAACAGAUUUUGAGUUUGGGCAUGGACUUGAAGUUGGAGUGGAUGAAAUUAGAAGAUUUUCAAAAGCAUCUUGAUGGGGAAGAUGAGAGUUUUACUACAGCAGAUGCAAUUCCGAGUAAUUUAUUGAGGGAUGCUGUGAAAAAUGGGGAUUACAUUGCUGUGAAGGUUGCACUUAAUUCAAAUGAAGACUAUAACCUGGACCAAGAGGAUUCAAGCGGGAUGACACUGGUGAUGCUCGCCGCAGCCGGAGGGCAAGACGACCUGCUGAGGCUCCUCAUCAGGAAAGGGGCUAAGGUGAAUGGCAGACAGAAGAAUGGGACCACCGCCCUCAUUCACGCAGCCGAGAAGAACUUCCUAACUACAGUGGCUAUUCUUUUGGAAGCAGGAGCUUUUGUAAAUGUCCAGCAGAGUAACGGUGAGACUGCUCUAAUGAAGGCCUGUAAAAGAGGAAAUUCUGAUAUCGUACGACUUGUAAUUGAAUGUGGAGCUGACUGCAAUAUUUUGUCAAAGCACCAAAAUAGUGCCCUGCAUUUUGCGAAGCAGUGUAACAACGUGUUGGUGUACGACUUGCUGAAGAAUCAUUUAGAGACACUUUCAAGAGUAGCAGAAGAAACAAUAAGGGACUACUUUGAGGCACGUCUUGCUCUGUUAGAACCAAUCUUCCCAAUAGCAUGUCACCGUCUCUGUGAGGGGCCAGAUUUUUCAACGGAUUUCAAUUAUAAACCCCCACAGAACAUACCAGAAGGCUCUGGCAUCCUGCUGUUUAUUUUCCAUGCAAACUUUUUGGGUAAAGAAGUAAUUGCUCGGCUCUGUGGACCGUGUAGUGUGCAAGCUGUAGUGUUAAAUGAUAAAUUUCAACUUCCGGUUUUUCUGGAUAGCCAUUUUGUUUACUCGUUCAGCCCUGCUACAGGCCUCAAUAAACUCUUCAUAAGGUUGACGGAAGCGCCUUCUGCCAAGGUGACAAUCCUUUCCUCACAUUUAGUGCAACUACUCACAUUGCUGUUCCAGCAGCAAGCCCAAUGUGGGGCUCAGUCUCAUGAACCAUGAGAUCAUGACCUGAGCCGAAGUAGGUGCUCAACCAACAAAGCUACCCAGGUGUCCCUAAGCAUCCAAUGGUCGUGAGUUCACAAGCCCCACAUUGGGCUCCACGCUGGAUGUGAAGCCUACUUAAAGGGGGGGAAAAAAAAAGAACAUACAAUGUGUUAGACAUAAUUGUGUGUCAUAAAUUGUGUGGAAAGAUGAGAAGAAUGCAUCUCUCCAGUACGGAGCGGCUGGAGUUGUAUUCUAGGCUGUUAUUUAAUGGCCAUAUGUAUGUCUCAUAGGCUGCUCACUAAACAUUUCUUUGUAAAAUGAAGAUGAACCAAAAAAGUCUAUGUAAUAAGUGGUAGUUAUUUACUAUAAUAACUUUAAGCACUUGGAUUUAUUAAAAGUGAUAACCUAACACUUGAAUUGAUAAUCAAUUUGAGAACAUUGCCAAAUAAGAACUCUCGGCCGCGCGCGCGUUUUCCCUCCUCUAAGAAAGGGGGGCUCGGCAGAGGUGUUGGUGCUGCUACGUUGCCUCUUUUCUUUCAACAGGUGAAGUUGCUGAUAGGCGCAUACAGGGUGCAGCUGCAGUGACGGAACAGAGUCGGGACGGAGUCCUUUCCAGACCCGUUUUAGGACCCUGGCACAGCUAACACCUCCAGAUUUGAAGUUUCAUCUGUAAACCUCUUGCAGUUUCGGCUGGGUAUCUGUUAUGGGCUGUAAGAUGGGACGUGGGGGUUCUAAUAUAUUCUGAAAUAGAAAUGUAUUUGUGCCAGUGUUCUCAAAUCUCGAUGUUGUCUCCAGACUGCAUACUUCGGUUUUUCCACAAUGUGGAAUGGUAUAUAGAAUUAUUUAAGAAAAUUAAAAGUCUCUUUUCUAACUUGAAA